AUAUUACUAAUUGUCAUGUUGUCUGUACAGAAAUGUGGCUUUUCAGAACUAUAUUCAUGGCAAAGGCAAAGGAAAACAAAGAAUGAAUUUUGCCUUCAUGAUGGUCCACCGUAUGCCAAUGGAGACCCGCAUGUUGGUCAUGCAUUAAAUAAGAUAUUGAAAGACAUCACUAAUCGGUUCUAUAUGAUGAGAGGUUAUAAAGUGCACUAUGUGCCAGGCUGGGAUUGUCAUGGGUUACCCAUAGAAUUGAAAGCAUUGUCAGAAUUAAAAGAAGCUCAGAAUCUUUCACCAUUGGAGAUUAGACGUCAAGCAAAAGAAUUUGCAGAAAGGGCAAUUGAGAAACAGAAAUCUGCCUUCAUUCGUUGGGGGAUAAUGGCAGAUUGGACUAAUUGCUACCACACAUUUGAUGGGAAGUAUGAGGCAAAACAACUGAGUGUCUUCCACAAAAUGUAUGACAAGGGUUACAUUUAUCAGGACUAUAAACCGGUAUUUUGGUCUCCUUCAGCAAACACAGCCUUGGCUGAAGCUGAACUUGAAUACAAUCAGCAGCAUGUCAGUCGUUCAGUUUAUAUCAAAUUCCCCUUGUUGAAAUCGCCUCCUAAACUGGCCUCUGUGAUAGCUGGAUCUCCAACUGUCAGUUUGCUAAUCUGGACUACGCAGCCAUGGACUAUUCCUGCCAAUCAAGCUAUUUGUUAUAUGCCGGAUUCAGACUAUUCCAUUGUAAAAUGUGCCAACACUGGUGAAUGGUACGUUCUAGCUGCAAAUAGAGUAGAGUCUACAGCUGCCAUCUUGGACACACAAUUUGAAGUUAUUUCAAUGUGUAAAGGUGUUGAUUUGGAAAAUGGUUCUUGUGCUCAUCCCACGAUUCCUGGCAGAGUCUCCCCUUUCUUGCCAGCAAAUCAUGUGACAAUGACAAAAGGAACAGGUUUAGUUCACACAGCCCCAGCUCAUGGUAUGGAGGAUUACAGUGUAGCUUCCCACCACCAGUUGCCCAUGGAUUGCCUGGUAGAUGAAGAUGGAUGUUUUACAGAAGCUGCAGGUCCUGAGCUUCACAACAAGGCUGUAUUGGAAGAAGGAAAUGAAGCUGUUAUUCAGAUGCUUCAAGCAGCAAAGAAUUUAUUAAAAGAGGAGAAAUGUGUACAUAGCUACCCAUAUGAUUGGAGGACUAAAAAACCAGUGAUUAUUCGUGCAAGCAAACAGUGGUUUGUAAACACGGCAGAUAUCAAGGCUACAGCCCAGGAAUUGUUAAAAAAAGUGAAAUUUAUUCCUGCAUCAGCAGUGAAUAGAAUGCUAGAAAUGCUGGAUAGAAGGACAUAUUGGUGCAUCUCAAGACAGAAGAGUUGGGGUGUCCCAAUUCCAGUAUUCUACCAUAAGACAACAGGAGAAUCCCUAAUAAACAGUGAAAUCAUUGAGAAUGUUAUUAAAAUAGUGGAGCAGCAUGGAAGUGAUGCAUGGUGGAAGCUUCCUGUUGAACAGCUUCUGCCAAAAAAGGUUGGUAGCCACAAUGUACUGGAUUAUGUACAGGGACAGGAUGUCCUGGAUAUCUGGUUUGAUAGUGGAACUUCCUGGGCUCAUGUGUUGGAAGGUGCAGAUCAAAAAGCAGAUUUAUACUUGGAAGGAAAAGACCAAUUGGGAGGCUGGUUUCAGUCCUCUCUCUUAACUAGUGUGGCAACAAGAAAAAAAGCACCUUAUAAGACUCUUGUGGUUCAUGGAUUUACUCUGGGUGAAAAAGGAGAGAAGAUGUCUAAAUCUAUUGGCAAUGUGGUUGAUCCUGACAUAGUAAUCAAUGGAGGCCAAGACCACACUAAGGAGCCUCCCUAUGGCGCUGACGUCCUUCGCUGGUGGGUGGCAGAAUCAAAUGUUUUUACCGAGGUUCUGAUUGGACCAGCUGUACUUAGUGCUGCAAAAGAUGAUAUAAACAAGCUUCGGAAUACGCUACGCUUCAUGUUGGGAAACAUUGCUGGCUUCAAUCCAGACACUGAUUCCAUCCCCAUUUCAGAGAUGUAUGUCGUAGACCAAUACAUGCUACACUUGCUACAGGACUAUGCUAAUAAGGUUACAGAAGCGUACAAAGAAUAUGAUUAUAGCAAAGUUAUUCGUUUGUUGCAAGCAUUCCACACUAGAGAUUUGUCUAACUUUUACUUCAGCAUAAUCAAAGACAGGCUUUACUGUGAAGAAGAAAAAGAUCCUAAACGUCGUUCAUGUCAAACAGCCUUAGCAGAGGCUUUGGAUGUAGUGGUGCGAUCAUUUGCUCCAAUCCUUCCUCAUCUGGCAGAGGAGGUUUUCCAGUAUCUCCCAUACAAGAAAGAAUCAGAGUGUGUGUUUCGUUCCGGCUGGAUUACCACAAGCUCAGUGUGGAAGAAACCUGGCCUAGAAGAAGUGGUAGAGGCUGCAUGUGCGAUGAGAGAUUCUUUCCUUGGAUCCAUUGCUGGCAAGAAUGCUUUGGAGCACGAGGUGGUCAUUGUAAUUGAGCCUGGGCUGCUCUUUGAGUUAAUGGAGGCCCUGCAGUCUGAGGAAUCUUCCAGUGUCUCUCAGUUAAAUGAAAUCAUGAUGGCUUCACAAACAACUCUACUGUCUGAACUACCUAUAGAAAUGGCCACUGAUGAAAAGAUCAUUAAAGGGACGUUUUUGAUCAACUUAGAAGGUGGCGAUAUUCGUGAAGAGUCAUCUUAUAAAGUUAUAGUGCUUCCAGCUGCUAAAGCAAAAUGCCUUCGUUGUAGGAAGUACACUGCUGAUUCUCUGCUCUCACUGUGUCCGCGCUGCACAGAAGUCAUUGCUGGGAAAUGGAGUGCUUAAAGGUUAAAGCAGCAAGACAAGAGCUGGACAAAUAUGUAGAUAUUUCCACUUGAGCUGUAAAAUAUGUAAAGAUGGCAAAUUCAAUGCUUCAUUAACCAAAUGGAACCCCAACUACAAAAUAACUGCAGAAUUAAAAGAAAACUCAAUGUAUGCUGAAGAAAGCUAUAGCUGGUCUUGGGCAAUGCAUUUUAUGCCUUAAUCUGAGCAGAACUACAGUAGUGGAAAAAACUUUCAAAAUGCUUGUUUAUAUCAACUUUACACUUAAUAAAAGCUGUUCUUCAAACCAGAGUGCUGUUCUUUGAACAGUCUUGGG